AACGUCAUUUCCGCUUGAUGGCCUGAAAAUGCAGGCGGCCAUAUUAUAUUAGCAAACACAUUCACGCAGUAGCAGCAGUUUAUUUACUCUGUGAAGUGCAGAUAAUUUUUUAACAAAACUCUCGCAGUUUAGUUAAAGUGAUCGUGUGAGGAUGAGCGGCGGCACGCCGUAUAUCGGCAGUAAGAUCAGUCUGAUCAGUAAGGCGGAGAUUCGUUAUGAGGGCAUUCUCUACACCAUCGACACCGAGAACUCCACCGUCGCGCUCGCCAAAGUGCGCUCCUUCGGCACUGAGGACCGACCCACGGACCGUCCCAUCGCACCCAGAGAUGAGACAUUUGAGUACAUUAUAUUCAGAGGAAGUGACAUCAAGGACCUGACGGUGUGUGAACCUCCCAAGCCGACAUGCUCUCUGCCUCAGGACCCCGCCAUUGUUCAGUCCUCUAUGGGAUCUUCGACUGCCCCACCAUCAUCUUUCCAGUCGGGGAACUCCUACGGACUGUUCAACCGUCCACAAGUCACAGCGUACACCCCGUUCAACCCUGCCCCACUGGUCUCACCGCAGUUUGGGACUGUUGGAGUUGGAAGUACUUUGGGAUUUUUUGGUAGUGACACUGGCAUGACUUCAGCACUGUCUCAGAGCAGGGCUUUUGCCUCUGCUUUCACCAGUGACACUCUGUGUGCAUUCACAGAAGGUCAGACCAGUCCGGCUCUGGACCCUCUUCAAAAAAGUCCCCCAGUGGAGCCUACUGCCCCAUCAGCACCUGCAGUCACCACCACUGCUCCUACGACAUUGGGCCGCAAGAGCCCUGUGUCAACUCGUGCAGCCUCCACCAAUACGCAGAUGCCUGUGGACCUCACAGAACAGAUGAGGGGUACUGAUGUCCCGAAACCAAGCAUACCAGAGUCCAGUCAGUCCAAAGGAGGAAACAGGGAUGCUACUAAACAGCUCGCAGCUGGUGGGAAUCCUGCUGCUCGCCGUGGUCGCGCCGGAGGUCAUCGAGGUAGAGGUCGAUUCCCUGUACGGAGAGAAGGACCUAUGAAGUUUGAUAAAGACUUUGACUUUGAGAGCGCCAACGCUCAGUUCAACAAAGAAGAGAUUGACAAAGAGUUUCAGAGCAAACUCAAACUGAAAGAUGAGAAGCCCGAUAAAGCUUUGAAUGGCGAGGAUAAGGGUGAUUCAGGGGUCGACACUCAGAACAGUGAAGGAAACGCUGAGGAGGAAGAUCCUCUCGGACCAAAGUGCUACUAUGAUAAAUCCAAGUCCUUUUUUGACAACAUCUCCUGUGAUGAUACAAGGAAGGCGGCCGAGAGGUCUGGAGGAUCAGGUUUCCCCCGAGAGAGGAGGAAUACCUGGGCGGAAGAGCGGCGGAUGAACGCAGAGACGUUUGGCAUCCCGUUACGACGGGGUCGUGGAGGCUUCAGAGGUCGCGGCGGCAUGGGCUUCAGAGGGGGCCGGGGCCGUGGAUUCAGUCGGGGGUCGUUUGGGUCAUACCCUGGAGGAAGUGGGUUUAGAGGAGGAUUCAGAGGAAGUCAAGGAGGAAGAGAGUUCUCAGAUUUUGAAUACCGGAAGGAUAACAAAAUCGCUGCAUAGUGAUGACAGGAAAUGGAUCCAGAAGACCUGAUUUGUGUGGGAACUGCGUUUCGGGUCACAACGUGGAGAUAAUGUACGUGUUGUAAAUCUGUCACCAGCACUGGGGUUCGACUGCUUGAAACCUGGAUAUUAAUGAAACAUCUACUCUAUUUCUUCCUGAGGAGUGGAACACAUGCAAUCUUUUGAAUUGUUAAUUUGAGAAUAAUAUUUCUAGAUGGAUUCAAAUAUAUUAUGGUUUCUGAGGGACUUUUUGUUGUGUUGACCUUCCAUGCUCAACCUGAAUUUGAUAUACUGCUGCUUACAGCUAACAGAUUAUCUAUAACGACGCAUUGUGAUGAUUUUGAUCACUGAAUGAGCUUUAUUUUUGACUUGAUUUGCUAUGAAGUAUCAUACAGUGUAUUUGGCAUCAGAAUAGACCGCCUGGAAGUUAUAUAUUACCAUAUUUUUCUAAUGUAAUUUCAUUCUUCAACCCCCAAAAUCACUAUUCCUGUAGUAAGUAGGGAUUUUUUUAAAACAUAUAUAGAAAUGUGGUACAUUUGACUUGGAUUUCUUUGGAUGUAUUCAUCCAUUGUAAGAGGUCUAUAGUUUAAAGUGAGAUUCCUCGAGCUUUGAGGCAAGUGCCAGUAUUGAUAGAAGUUCACUAAAGGACAUUUUAGAUAAAAUGAUAAAACACGGAAAUGCUGCGUUUGAGGGAAACAAUUACUUUUCGAAUAUGUAAUGACGCAAUUUGAACUAAAGUGACAGCGAUAUGUUUAUAUAUUAUAUGGAUUUAUAUUUGAUGAGGUACACUUUGCAGUAUGUAGCACUUUGUAGCAGACGUUCACUGAUAAGUGAAUGUCCCAUCUUUACUUAGACAACAAUGCUACUCUGUGAAUCUACACAGUAAAAUCCCCAGAGUUAAAUCAACUCUGCUCAGAGUACAUAUGGUCCCUCUCUAAAUAGUGGUAAAGUAACACUGAAGCAGAGUUAAAGUUAAUGAGAAAAUUAAGCGAUUAAUAAGGCUGUGACUGAAUCAAGUUGUAGUUCUUAUGUUUCUCUUUUCUUGUUAACAGCAGGUGUUCAUCACUAAUGCGCAAUCAUUAAUUAAUUGCUUAAUCAUCUCAUUAACUUUAACUCUGUUUCAGUGUUAUUUUAACACUAUUUAGAGAAGGACCAUAUUUACUCUGAGUAGAGUUGAUUUAACUCUGGGGAUUUUCCUGUGUACGAAAAUCUUUGCUGCAGUUACUUUGACAAUGUGUUUUUGUCACUUUUGAGCUUUCACCACUAAGUUUUAUGACUGUUGUUCAACAUUGAUAUCGUAUAUUCUUCACGUCGUAAAACUGACAUAUCUACACUGAGCCUUGAGCUCGCUGGGAAGUGAGUUCUUAAAAUUAUUUUAGAUAUUUGAGAAGUUAAUUCAUUAGCGCUACUUCCUAGUGGGUCGUUUCUUCUGCUUUCUAUCUUUAAUGUGACCGGAAGCUGGACCGCUGAUAUGUUGUGUAGAAUUAUGCAGGCGCAGUUUAGCUUUUCCCCAUCUCUCCUUGUUCAGCUGCUGUUUUAUAAUCACUGACUGCACUAGCAUGAUGUCACAGUGACACGUAACCUCAUGCAGCUUUACCUGACGUGCACAUCGUGAUGUCAUAUCCACACCUAUAGAUCACUCAAGAUGUCACUAUGUUGACUGGAUAUUUCGUUUUGUAAUCAACUUUAUUUUUGGUCUCUGACACCUUUGCGUUUUCCUCACAGUGACUUGCUCAUGUUAGAUGAAUCUUUUUUUUUUUUUUUUUUUUUUUUUUUUUUUUUUUUUUAAUGGAUUUGUGUCACUAAAGUUGAAGGUUUGGUCUUUUAACGGGGCAGUUAUGAUUAUCCGUUCACUUCAGAUCUAGUUGUGUAGCAUAUGGUUAUGACAUCACUGCAAAAAUGUUUCAUCUUCUUAAAUGUUUGUUUAAACUGUUGGGAUAUUUGGGCAAGUUGAUGAUGAAAUAAACUCAGAUUAUAUAUUAAAGUACAAGUCUGUAAGACCCAAAACACUUUAAGUUUUGGAGUUUGUCUGAAAUAUCCUCUUGCACUUUUCAAGCUCUUAAAAUCAGAGAACAGACGCUUUGUUCCAGUAAUACACAUUUUAAUUUGACUUGAGUGAAUCAUCUGAAGCACAUGGACAUGGAGUAAAGGAGCUGUGUGUAAUUAAUUGGUCAAUAUGAACAAUAUAUAGUAAAAUUAGGAACGUUACAGUAAAAGGAUCCAGCUUGUAUUAUUAGUCAGUUAAUUUCAUUCACUUUUUUUCCCCCCAAUUUUAGAGACCGUGUAUUACAGUUUUACACUUGUGUAAAUUCCAGUUGUACGUUUGUUCAAUGUUGGAACAGUAAUACUCGCGUAUAUAAACAGGAAGUUGCUGCAUGCAGGUCUUGUCACAAUCCACCAAUAUAGGCAAUGCUUGUGAGGCAAAUACUGUUAUGGAAAUGUCUUGUGAUAAACACAGAAUCCUUCCUUCAGGGUCGACUCACUUUCCUUUUGAACCUCAGCAUGGUGUCUGUUCACAACUACAUGUAAAGAGGUUUUUACUAGAUGCAAGAAUAAACUGUUUACUAUC